AAGUCUGAAAUCAAGAUGGCAAGUAAAAUGUCAAGCGACGAUUUUGACGAUCAGUUCCUAACGUGUCCAGUCUGCAUGCUGCACUUUCGGGAUCCCAGAGUCCUGCCAUGUUUGCACACAUUUUGUAAGGGUUGUCUGGAAGAAUGGGCCACCAAACAACAGCCGCUGGAGUGUCCAACCUGCCGUACACAGGUCAAUCUACCGGACCAAGGUGUGGACGGACUCAGGACCAACUUCUACAUCAACAACCUGCUGGACUUCGCGGCGGCCAAGAAAGGUGCGGAGCCAGGUGUGCCGUGUCAGGUGUGUGAGGGAGGGCGGGGUGACGCCAAGUCGUGGUGUAUAGAUUGUGCUGUGUUACUGUGUGAGUCUUGUACGGCCAUGCACCGCAAGAUUCCAGCUACGAGAGAUCAUGAACUGGUUCCACAAGAGGUUAUGAAGGAAAAGAAAGGCGUCGAGCGGUUUCAACGCAAACGGCACUGCCAGAAGCACAAGAACCAAGAACUUGUGUUCUACUGUGAAACCUGUAAAGCUUUAGUUUGUACGGCAUGCACCGUGAUCGACCAUCGACCGGGCAAAGAUCACAAUCCGGUAGAAAUCGCCACCGUCGCUCAGAAGAAGAAAGAAACGCUGCAAGAACUAUUACAAGAGAUCGACCCUCGUCUAAAAGAAAUACAGGUAUCUAUAGAGGAAGUUGACAAGAAAAUGUCGAAGUUAGUCCCCUCUAAAGACGCAGCUACAAAACAGACCAAGGCGUAUUUCCACCAACUUGCUGAGCUUCUGCAAAAGCGUGAACAAGAGAUUUUGAGCCAGAUUGACGAACAGUGUCAGGUCGACGGCAAGGCCCUACAGACAAAGAAGGAAGAGAUAGAGUUUGAGUUGGCCGGACUGACGAGCGCACAGACGUUCUGUCAACAAGCUGUAGAACACGGAAGUGACGUGCACAUUCUGGAGGUGGGAAACCAAGUCCAAACAAGGGUAGAAACUCUGCUGGCAAAACAAGUGGACCUGGAGUCCAACUGGAGCGAGUUUCAAUUCAUAGAGAACACGACUGUCACGUUUUUUGAUGAGAAAGCUAAAAACCUUGGUGGUUUGAAAACAGCCGUCGACGUUUCAAAGUGCAAAGUUGUUGUGAAGCCGGCAGUCCAGGGGCUUCAGUGCGUUUCUGUAUUGACGACAAUUAACAAAGAAGGGCGUCCGUGUGUUACAAAUAGUAAAGCCGUCACCACCAACAUGAAAUACCCGUCUGGAACAAGCCUAACGACGCAACUACAGAUGAAACAUGGGGGCGUGUGGGAAAUCUCGUAUGUACCCAAGGUCACGGGCAGUCAUAAGUUAGAGGUCAAGGUAUACUCCCAACAGGUGGGAGGAAGUCCGUUUGAUGUUACUGUGCAGAGUAGGGAUAUUCCUGUGUUAACUAUCGGUAAGGAGGGUAGUGGGGUGGGGGAACUUAAGGACCCGACAGGUGUAGCCGUUGAUAAGGAUGGCAACCUAGCAGUAGUGGAGCAGGUGAACAAGCGUGUUCAGAUCUUUGAUGCAAACACAGGCCACUCUUUAAAAUAUUUUCCCAUUGAAGGUGAGUAUCCAUUCGAUAUUGCUGUGAAGAGAAAUGGACAGUUUAUUCUGACGUCGUGGGGCGAAAAUUACGGAGCAAGAUACUACUCACAGGAAGGUGAACGUUUGAACACAUUUAAGCCUGACUGUAUGAUACACGCUCUUGGGGUUACAGCUAUGGAAGACGGUCGCAUGGUCGUGGCGGGAGGCACUCAAAAGUCUUGUCUCCUUCUAAAGCCUGACGGGAGCCUAAUUCGGGAGAUCGGUAUGGGGCUGCUACAGAACCCAUGCUUCAUAGCAGUGAAUGAGUCACAUGACCUGCUCCUUGUAACCGAUAACAGACUCCAUAAAGUGUUUGUGUUUGAUCUUGAUGGGGAGUUCAAGUUCAGUUUCGGUGAGGAGGGUCAGGGCGAGGGACAGUUCCAAGGACCUUCAGGUAUAACCUUAGACCAGGCAGGCAACAUCAUCGUAGUGAACUAUGAUGACGGCCGUGUGCAGGUGUUUGGGCCUGAUGGGAUGUACAUACGAACUGUGGCGACAGUUAAGGGAGGAAAACCUUAUGGAAUCUUGCUAACUCAUGACGGUUACAUUGCUGUGGCAUGCUACGAGGGACAUUGCAUCAAACUGUAUAGGUACAACUAAUAAGUAAUAUUUUACAAAGCAACACUUUGAGCACGUUUGGCACCCAUAACUACAAAGUAUGUCAUAGUCUUUACAUAGCUUGCAGAAAUGUAUGAGAACUUCAUGGUCAAAAAUCCUUCAAAUGAGCCCUGACCGUCUCAAUGUUUUGAACAAUAUUCUCUCUGUACAAGACCUAUCAAGAACAAAGAAUAAAUUCCAUUAACCUUUUUUUACUUAUCAGCAAACAAAAGAAUAUAAUUUCAAUGUAAAUAUGGCAUUCGUGAUUUUAUAGAUCUCUAGAUAUUGGAGAUAAUAGAAGAUAAUGUCGUUCCCACC